GCCCAGAAGCCCUCGUCCGGAUUGCCGCAACCAUCUCGCUCAUCGGCAACCUCCGCGACGCCAUGUCACCGGACCAAUCCCAGCUACUGCUCUUCACUCCGGCUCCCGCUGCAGAAUCCUCGCAGUCUCAGUCUCAGUUCCAGGCCGGGCAAAUCCCCAUUGAGAAGGAGUUCAUCGACCUCUUUGCAAGCAACGACCAGGAACCGCCGCGUCUCAGUUCCCCAACGCGAUCAGAAAGAUGCGUCCACUGUCCCUCUAUACCCACGCUUACCUGCGCGCACUGUUAUCCGCUCCACGGUGUUUGCGGCCCCUGCUACGACGAGCGCCAUCGCGGCAAACGAAAAAACCACACUCGCAUCCCAAUCCCCUGCCAAAUCUGCAGCAAGGAUCCCAUCGCUGUCCACUGUCGCGACUGUCCCGCUGAAGCCGGCCACUGUGGGGUGGGUUUGUGCAAGCCGUGCUUCGAGAUGGACCAUUGUGUGGAGACAAAUCUAGAUGUAUGGCAGCAGAGAUGUACCCAUCUCCUCGACAUUGGGGGGGGGAAAGCGGUGACUGCGGAGACGUAUUGGAACGGCGGAGGUCCUCCAGUGCGCACGUUGAAGAGCACUGCCUCCGAGAUUUGGACCUUUGUGGACUCACAUGAAGCGCCAGCGGGCGAAGGGUGGUUGAUUGAAGCUAUCACGGACGAGAUGGACUCGGGCGACGCGUCGGGCAAAGCGAGCGCAGACGCGGCGAGCUCGGGUGAACCGAGCGCAGACGAGGCGAGCUCGGGUGAAGCGAGCGCAGACGAGGUGUCGGAGGAAGGGAGCUCGGACGAAGCGAGCGCUGGCGAGGGGUCGAGCUCGGACGACGGGAGCGCUGGUGAGGUGUCAAAGAAGGCGGGCGCUGGGGAAGUGUCGAGCAUUGGAAAAGCGAACGCUGUCGAAGCGUCGAGCUCGGGCGAGGUGUCGAAGGAAGUGGGCGCUGACGAGGAAGCGAGCUCGGCCGACUCGGACGAGGACGAAGGGAGCUCGGACGAAGGGUGCGCUGGUGAGGGGUCGAGAGAAGGUAGUGCUGGGGACGUGUCGAGCUCAGGCGAGGCGAGCGCUGGUGAGGUGUCGAAGGAGGCGGGCGCUGACGAGAAAGCGAUCCCGGUCGAGGUGUCGAAGAAAGCAUCGAAGAAAGCGACCAAGAAAUCAAGCGUCGGCGAGGUGUUGGACGGAGCGGGAACUGCUCAGAAGCGUAAACGUCAGCGCGGCGCCGCCUUUGAUGCGUCGACGACGACUGCCGCGGUACCGGAAGAGAAGGAGAAAUCGAAAGUGAACAUGAACGCAGUCGCGGCCAACUCCAAACCAAACUCUCCACCGGUCAUGAAACGUGUACGUAAGCGCGACGCCGGCCCCACCGCCGCCGCUAACGCAGUGAACAUGGACGAAGCCGUUCCGGCGAACGAACCAGAUGUUGAACGCUGGAAACCCAAGAAACGCAAACGCGCCAAAUCCGCCACCUCAAUUGCGGCCGUAACCGCCGCCUCAACCCAAAAGCCAACCCCAACGCCAAUCCCAACGCCAAUCCCAACCCUAAUCCCAACGUCAACCCCAGCGCCAACCUCAACCUCAACCUCAAUGUUAACCCCGAGGCCGAUGCCGACCCCUAUCUCGACCGAAGCCACUGUCUUAGAGGCGAGUUUGAACCGGAUUCGGCGGGCGCGUCAUGAGCUCUGUGGAUCCUACCUCUCUUCUCUGGAAAGCUCCGUAGGCAUUGUUUACUACACACCAUGGAAGACGGUGCGAGCGCCGACAAAGUCAGCAGCAAAGCCCAGGAAAGGCCAGAAGUCCAAGAAGGCGAAGCAGCCCACCCAGGCAACGCAGCCCAGCAAAUUCAGCAAGGUGGAGCAAGUCCCCCAACCCGGAAAGUCCACCAUGUCAACAAGCAAACAUGGUCAGCCAAGGAAACCCGCUGGUUUUAGAUAGAGGGUGACACCCCCAUGUUAUCCGACGUUUUCUUUAGGCAGGUUCAUGAUGUUUGAGUUAAAUAGAGACUUUUAGAUAGAU